AUGGCGGUGCUUGGAACGGUUUUCCUGCUUUUCAUGCUGGACUUGAAAACGCUGAACUUGACCCGGCUGAAUGGACUGCUGGUGGAACCAACCAGGGAUUUGCCACAGCUGGAACUUUGGCUGCGAGCGGGUUCAGAUCAUCAGGACGCGGAGAAUCCCUAUGUCCAGUGGUUUCUGUUACGAACGGAAAUCCCGCUGAGCAUCGUUACCUAUCAGGAGAAUCGCUAUUGGAUGGACGAUCCGUUUGGUCGAAGGAAUCUAGUCCUGGUGAUGAGUUUGGAUCAACUUUUGACUAAUCGUGGAGCGGCUGCACCGAUUCAGAAAGCUAGUACUUUCUUCUACAUCCUGGCAGAUCAAGACAAGGAUCUUUCCGCGGAUGAACAACUCCGCUUGGAGGGCAGCUGUCGACAGUUGUGGACGCAGCACAAAGUCUAUAAUCGCUUUUUCCUAACCAGAGAUGGUGUUUGGAUCUAUGAUCCCUUCAAGCGUCGCGAUUCCGCCUUUGGACGAUUGGUGCGUUAUUACGGUUCGGAGACCCUGGAUAAAUUGCUCUUCCGCGAUAUGGCUGGCUAUCCACUGCGCAUCCAGAUGUUUAGGUCCGUCUACACUCGUCCGGAAUUCGAUAAGGAAACCGGUCUGCUGACCAGAGUCACUGGCGUGGACUUUCUGGUGGCCCAAAUGCUCAGGGAGCGAUUGAAUUUCACCAUGCUACUGCAGCAGCCGGAAAAAAAAUAUUUUGGAGAACGCUCUGCGAAUGGAAGCUACAAUGGCGCCAUCGGUUCGAUCAUCAAAGAUGGCCUGGACAUUUGCCUAACGGGAUUCUUCGUCAAGGAUUAUCUGGUGCAGCAGUACAUGGACUUCACUGUGGCCGUGUACGACGAUGAAUUGUGCAUAUAUGUGCCGAAAGCCAGUCGUAUACCGCAAUCAAUAUUGCCAAUAUUUGCAGUUGGCUAUGAUAUUUGGCUGGGAUUCGUGCUGACCGCCUUUGCUUGUGCUCUAAUUUGGCUAACAUUGCGGGUGAUUAAUCUGAAGCUGAGGAUAGUGAGUCUGGGCAAUCAGCAUAUUGUGGGACAGGCAUUGGGCAUUAUGGUCGAUACUUGGGUGGUUUGGGUGCGUCUUAACUUGAGCCACCUGCCAGCGAGCUAUGCCGAAAGGAUGUUCAUUGGAACGCUAUGUCUGGUGAGCGUGAUAUUUGGCGCCAUUUUCGAAUCCAGUUUGGCUACGGUGUACAUACAUCCAUUGUACUAUAAGGAUAUAAAUACCAUGCAGGAGCUGGAUGAAAGUGGCUUGAAGGUGGUCUACAAAUACUCAUCGAUGGCGGAUGAUCUGUUCUUUAGCGAAACAUCGCCUGGAAUCGAGAUCUACGUGCGGAUGUCAUCGAUGAGGUGGCCAGAUUUAGGAACAAGGCUGGAGUCUCCAGAUAUACCUCCUUAAUAUUGGAAUCCUCGCAUUUCACGCUGCUCCGUAAGAUUUGGGUGGUUCCCGAGUGUCCCAAGUACUAUACCAUCUCGUAUGUGAUGCCGAGGGAUUCGCCAUGGGAAGAUGCUGUAAAUGCGUUGCUUUUAAGAUUCCUGAAUGCUGGACUGAUUGUCAAAUGGAUACAGGAUGAGAAGUCCUGGGUGGACAUUAAAAUGAGGUCAAAUAUCCUGGAAGCCGAUGCCGAAUCCGAGCUUGUGAGGGUCCUAACUAUUGGGGAUCUGCAGUUGGCCUUCUACGUGGUUAUCGGUGGUAAUUUGUUGGCUUUUCUUGGCUUUCUAGCCGAGCAUUUCAGGUGGAAACUGCAAAAGAAGGGGGUAUAG